GAUUUUGUAUAGUUCGGUCACAUUGCGUCUCGUCGUCGUGUACAAAAAUCAAUUACUAUUACUGCUGAAACUGAAUAUAUACGCAAAGCGUUUUCGCGAGUAAACAAAAACGGCAGUCAACUACAAUUAGCAAUAGAAGUUGUACGUGUACAAAUUAUAGUUGGCGCAAGAAGUAUUUGUUUGUUAAAUCUACGUAGCAAUACAUUUGGAAGGAAACAAAAUGCAGAUCAAGGAAUUCCGCGUGACUUUACCAUUAACCGUGGAUGAGUAUCAAGUAGCACAAUUAUUCUCAGUGGCAGAGGCGUCAAAGGAGAACACGGGAGGUGGCGAGGGCAUUGAGGUAUUAAAAAAUGAACCCUUCGAAAAUUAUCCAUUGUUGGGCGGCAAAUACAAUUCCGGUCAGUAUACAUAUAAGAUCUACCAUCUGCAAUCAAAAGUUCCAGCGUACAUAAGACUAUUGGCGCCCAAGGGCUCAUUGGAGAUACACGAGGAGGCAUGGAAUGCUUAUCCUUAUUGUCGAACGAUUAUUACGAAUCCUGGCUAUAUGAAUCAGAACUUUGUAAUUUAUUGUGAUUCGCAUCAUUUUGCAAACGAUCUUGGCGAUUUGCCUAAUGUUCAUGAACUGACGCCCGAUAAGCUGAAAGUGCGCGAAGUUGUUCACAUCGACAUUGCCAAUGAUCCGAUUCUGCCCGCUGACUAUAAGCCCGAAGAGGAUCCAACCACCUACCAAUCGAAGAAAACUGGUCGUGGUCCUUUAGUGGGCGCUGAUUGGCGAAAACGCGUUGAUCCUGUGAUGACCUGCUAUAAGCUGGUCACGUGUGAGUUCAAAUGGUUCGGUCUGCAGACAAGAGUAGAGAAUUUCAUACAAAAGUCCGAGCGACGUCUCUUCACAAACUUCCAUCGCCAAGUUUUCUGUUCAACUGAUCGCUGGUUCGGUCUAACAAUGGAGGACAUUCGCGCCAUUGAGGAAAAGGUCAAGGAUGAGCUUGACAAGGCGCGUCUGGUGGGCGAAGUGCGGGGCAUGCGUGCGGAUGGUGAUUAAAUUUAGUAGACAAUUAACAAAAACAGAUAUGUAAAUGUAAAAAACACACAAGAAAAACAAAAUGCAAUGAAAUGGUAAAAAGAGCAUAAAUAAAUUUAAAAGGAAAACUUAACUAAAAUGCGAUUGGAAAAAAGGAAACGAAUACGAUAAAAGAAUUGCCGACAAGAGGAGGAAGAACAACAAAAACACCAAGUGUAUAACAACAACAAAAAAAAAAAAAAGAAACAACAGCAAAGCUUAGAUCUAGAGUAGCUCCCAAGCACAUCAACACAUCAACAUCAACAACAACAGCAACAAGGCAAGAUCAGCAGCAACAAGAACACCAAUCAACAAAACCAAUCAACAACAGUGCCCUUUGGUUAAGUUUUAUUUUGUACGGAAAAUGUAAUCAGGAUAUACACAACAACACACAAUCCAUUUAAUCCCUUACUACAUUAUUACAAACAAAAAGUCACACUUUAGCAUUAAUAUUUAAAAGUUGUUGCCUCGAAUUCAAUUUGUAUUAUUGAUAUAAUUUGUUUAAGUUGCAACUGUAAAUGAAAUAAACUAAAUGACAGCAAAUGUAAAAAGUUUAAUAGCAACAAUGCAACACAAAAUGUUGCCUGACAAAACACACACACAAACGAGUCAAAUGAAAUGAAUAAAAAGUGCAUCGAAGCCAAGUAAAACCAAUAAA